GUCCUGUCGCUUCUUCCGUCAUUCUCUUUUUCAGCGCCCAAACGUCGCUUUCUGCCUGACGAUAGACUGGAUUUGCUUUGUUUCAUGGUAUAGACCUCAACGGCGACGGGAAAUCUAUCCAUCAUGUCGAAGUUUACGAGGCUUUAUUUGCGGAUACCCCGUCCGAAGACCCUCUUUGGCUUCAUCAGCCUCCAGACCGGUACCGAACUGAUUUCUCUGGCGCUGGUCUUCAACAAGGUCACCGGCGUUUACGGCCUUCUUGCUAUUCUUACUGGAUUUCAACUCUCGCUGUUCCAACUUACGACUUACAUUUACUGCAUCGGAAUCCUCGGCACCCUCGUCUAUCUGAUCCCACACAUCCGAAAACAGACUGCGUUCGAGUGCCUGGCCUUGGCGUGGUUGUAUGUGAUUGAUACUGCUAUCAACUGUGCGUCUACAUUCGCUUUUGGAAUGGACUGGUACUUUGCCAAUGCUGCGCUAUCGACCGGGUCUGGAGUCAAGCCUUCAAGCCUGCCCGAUAUUGUUGCCGAAGGGAUGGAGGGUCUUCGCCGUGAAACCGCCAUGCACGGGGAUGCUGUGCCCCAGGAGACGGCGGCCAGCAUGAUUCUCAUCACCGGAUUGACCUUGAUCCGAGUAUACUUUAGCCUGGUUGUCAUGAAUUAUGCACGACAGGUGCUGCAAAAGUAUAUGCAGCUGAUGAUCCUCGAGGGACCCGGCGUCGACGAUCAUGUGGGACCUUUUGCGACCGACCUGCCUGACGGUGAAGGCCGGAGGGGUCAGCUCGGCCGAACGAUGGUGUCUUUUGGACGCAACUACUGGAUGGAUUAUUCCGAGGCGGGAGAGUGGACUGUCGGAGGUACCAGCCGGAAGCCUAGCUCAACCGGUACUCUGGCCGGCGAAGUAUAAGAGACGUAUUGAGAGAGAAAGGGAGACUGGUUGAAUCAUGUAAAGACAAGGCAGACAUAUACCUAGUUGAUGCGUGCAAAUAGAGUCCAAAGAGAGUUGACGAUAUAGACGAUGGGGAGCGGGACAGGGCGAAGGAGAAGGGGAGCGUAUGAAAUGACGCGAUUGGAACCCCGCGAUUCCUCAUCGAAAGAAAGGAAAGAAGUCUCGGCAUAGUUCUUGGUUUUUGCUGUUUUGGGCGGUCACGGGUGUGGCCUUAAUUAUUUAAUACAUAAAGUAACGCUGCUAUUGGUAUGCUUAUUU